GUCAUGAUUGGAAUUUGAUUUUCGGAAUGAAUAUACCAGAGUCCCUCGAUUCAUUCUUGACAUUAUCUUUGUUUCGACCAUAUUGUUUGUUUGCUGCAGCUGAAGCUUUACUGAUUUGCAAGAGCACAGUUUGCACUCCUCAGCUAACCAACAGUAGAUUUGGAAGGUUCCCCAGCUUGAGGCAAUGGGCAUAUGUCAAUUGUUAUCAAACAGAAGAUGCGGAUGUUGUUUCCUGUCUCCAAUUCACUUUCAAGAGAAGCCCUCUAAAUCAAGACACAGAAGGGUAGCAGCAGCUUCUGUGGAUGGAGAAAAUAGUGUUCCAACACUCACACCUUUGCAAGCAGGUGAUAAGAAACCAAGAAAACAGACACUUGCUGCCUUAAUUGGGGGCGCUAGUGCAGCUCUGCUUGUGGUGAUCAUUUUGGUGCUUGUGUAUAUCUGCUUGAUGCGUGUUAAAAGAUUCAUGAGGAGAACAUCUGAUACAGCAUCUUCCCUGCCAUCUCCUACUGUUGAGCUGGAAGGAAUUAAAACUUCCCACUAUGCUGGUGCUCCAUCUCCACAUGAUACACAAAACCUAAGGCAACUAUCAAUGUCAGAGCUGGAACAUGCUACACACAACUUCAGUCAAAGUAAUAUCGUUGGUGAAGGUCGAUUUGGUUUAGUCUAUAAAGGACUACUUCAAGAUGGAGCUAUUGUGGCAAUCAAAAGAUGUUUAAAUACCUCGGUUCAUGUUUUCCUUCGUGAGGUAAAGCAAAUAGCUCAAGUCAGCCACAGGCAUCUUGUCAAGCUUGUUGGUUAUUGUGAAGAUGGUCACCAGCAGUUUCUAGUCUAUGAUUAUAUUCCUAAUGGAAAUGUUGGAAAUCACCUAUAUGAUAGUGAAGGUUCACCAACUGGAAAACUAAACAUGCGGCAAAGGUUAUUGAUUGCUCUAGGUGCAGCCAAAGGAAUUGAAUAUCUUCACAGUUUGGCUCCUCCUCUCCUGCACAUGCAUUUCAGAAGUAGUAAUGUUCUUCUAGAUGACAAUUUUACAGCCAAAGUUUCUGAUUAUGGAUUGUCCAAAUUGGUGUCUGAGGAUCAAUUUUACGCAUCAUCUUCAGCCAUUGACUGCUUUCUUGAUCCAGAGUUGUCCGCAUCAAAGAAAUUUUCAGUGCAAAGCGAUGUGUAUAGCUUUGGGGUCUUCCUACUGGAGUUGACUAGUGGACGUGAAGCACUUUGGAUGGAUGAGUCAAACUCAGAGCCAACGUUAAUCAUGCAGGCCAAGGAUUCCGACAAUCUAGUCAAUUUUGUCGAUGAAACCUUAGGGGACAGGUCAAUGCGUGGUGCAAAACAGAUAGUGGAGUUAGCAUUACAAUGUAUUGAGAUUAGUCCCCGAAGACCAUCCAUGAAAAGCAUCGUUGAAGAGCUAGAACGAAUUCAGGAGAAAGAAAUUGGCCGUUUAAUUUUUGAAUCAGCUGAGGAGAUUGGUGCAGUAACACUUGGAAGCGAGCUCUUCAAAUGAGCUCUGCUUGCCAUUGUAUG